AGCGGUGGGAUGCUGUCCAAGUGGGGACAGCAGCCCACCCAUCGUGGUGUUUACAAAGUGUUGAUUUCCUUGAAGGUAAUCUGGGAAUCGAACAGAAUCCCUAGUUGAGAAAAUGUGCGUGGACAGAGAUUGUAGUGAAAGAAGAAGAAAAUCGAAAAAAUAUGAAUCAGCAUAAUGCGGUACAAGAAGUGAUGUUCGAAAAUGAACAUAUCGUAGUGAAAAAAAAUCUGGGAAAUUAUUAGUACAGUUGAGCCAAGUAAAACCCUCCCCCUGUAGUAGUGAUCUCCAAAGAAGAAAAUUCCGGUAAUGAAUCGCUUGUUUCGGAUCGAUCGAACAAUAAGGAUAUGCUGUCGAGCAUAUACAGCAAAGUGGAAAACAUGUUGAAGAAAAAUGACUCCCGCACGGAGUCGGUUGGAGAAGUUCAUUUGGUUGAGCCAUCGUUGUCUGCUGAGAAGUUUGAUUCACGAUCGAUGUUUUCGCUGGACUGGGGCUCCGAGACGUUCAUUUACGUCGAAUCGAAUGUGGCAUCAGACAUCUUGAGGGAUGUUAUAGAAGUGAACUCCGGUUCUGGAAUUCCUCUUUGCAUUUAUGUACAAUAUCAACGAAGGUAUUCGAAUGCGGAACGACAGAAUGGACAAGGAGUCAUGACACGGAAUGAACGCGCUAGAGUGAUAGAGAUGCAAGAAUGGAAGGAGAGGAAGACCGUACAACCGAAACCUCAACCUGGUCAAUAAAAGGGGAGGCACACACACCUGUAAGAUUUUAUGAUUUUAUGAAAAACAGAGCAAGCGGUGUGUCGAGACGAAGUUCAGUACGGCUGAGCAAUUCAUUCGCGAGUGGGGCACGCGAAUCAGCACCAGUGGAGGCCACAGUACUACAACC